AUGAGUACAUAUCAAGCGAAUUCCAUCACGUUUACGGGUGAGAGAUACACAGCCGAGUUGCCACGGAAAUUAGAUAGCCCACCUCUACCUACAAACUAUGACAUAGUGAAGCGCAGAACUGGAAACUUAUUAAACAAGUUACGUCAAGACCCAGUUACGCUGAACCAUUACAAUGUUAUAAUAAAAGAUCAGAUAAAGAAAGAAUUCAUAGAAGAAGUCAUGCCUACAGAUGAACCCGGAAAGAGAGUACACUACAUUCCCCAUCACGCCGUGAAAAAGGAAUCUUCGACAACACCCAUACGCAUUGUGUACGAUUGUAGUUGUCGGAUGUCACGAAACCACCCGAGUUUAAACGAUUGUCUGCAAUCUACACCACCGCAACUCAACGACUUGGCAGCCAUAUUAGUUCGAUUUAGAUUUCACAAAUUUGCAGUUGUUAGUGAUAUCGAGAAGGCAUUUCUGAAUGUGGGACUACACGAGAAGGACCGAGAUGUCACACGAUUUGUAUGGCCUUCAGAUCCAACUAAUCCCGACAGCCCAUUGAAAACAUAUCGUUUCAAGUCCGUACUUUUCGGAUCAGUUUGCUCCCCUUUUAUAUUAAAUGCAACAAUACUGAAGCAUCUAUAG